CUUCUCAUUUCGCUUCUCAUCUCGACCGCAGCUUGAAGAUACAACGGAACCGCAGCCACUGGCGACUCUGCACGGAUUUACCUUCACCAAAUCUACCUCUUCUGCAACCACAACCUCGGUAUUCGACAGAUUUCGUUGCUGUUCGACAGAAAAAGUCCUGAUUAAAGCAAAAGCGCAGCGGUGAGAGGCGAAAGGAGGCGUCUGCGCACAUCGAGAUCCGUUAGCUGACUAAGCUAGCCGCAUCUCGCGACACAUCUCGCCCGCAAGAUAUCGGGCUGACAUCGCGCUUUCUUUUUUAUUAUUCACACACGCAUCAUUUACACUGGUCGACAAAGGUGAGGCGUAGCGGGUCCGGCGGAGCUGUACGGCUCUUGCUUGCACUGCAGGCCAGGGUGUGGGUGCGGAGAAUGCUGAAGGAUGAAUCAGAGAGACACCCUGGUUCAUUUGUUUGCUGGAGGCUGUGGGGGCACUGUGGGUGCUAUAUUGACGUGUCCACUUGAGGUGGUGAAGACGAGGUUGCAGUCUUCCUCUGUGACGUUGUAUAUCUCUGAAGUGCAGCUCAGCACUGUGAAUGGGGCCAGCGUGGCCCGUAUGGCCCCACCGGGGCCUCUGCACUGUCUUAAGUUAAUACUGGAGAAAGAAGGUCCUCGCUCACUCUUUAGGGGACUAGGGCCCAACUUGGUAGGAGUGGCUCCAUCCAGAGCAAUAUAUUUUGCUGCCUACUCCUCAGCUAAAGAGAAGCUGAAUAAUGUGUUUGAUCCAGACUCCACACAGGUGCACAUGCUGUCUGCUGGUUUAGCAGGGUUCACUGCCAUUACAGCAACCAACCCGAUCUGGCUAAUAAAGACACGCUUGCAGCUUGAUGCCAGGAACCGCGGAGAAAGACGCAUGAGUGCAUUUGAGUGUGUCCGACGUGUCUAUCGGUCAGAUGGGUUACGGGGAUUCUACAGGGGCAUGUCUGCUUCUUAUGCUGGCAUAUCAGAGACUGUCAUCCAUUUUGUCAUCUAUGAAAGCAUUAAACGCAAACUUUUAGAGUCCAAGGCCAAUGCUAACAUGGACGAUGAAGAUGAAUCCGUAAAAGACGCUUCAGACUUUGUGGGUAUGAUGCUGGCUGCUGCCACUUCCAAAACGUGCGCCACAUCAAUCGCCUAUCCUCACGAGGUUAUUCGUACCAGGCUACGUGAGGAGGGCAGCAAGUAUCGUUCGUUCUUCCAGACGCUAAGCGUUGUGUUCCGGGAAGAGGGUUACAGAGCACUGUACCGAGGCCUCACCACUCACCUGGUCCGACAGAUCCCGAACACUGCUAUUAUGAUGUGCACCUACGAGCUGGUGGUCUACCUGCUCAAUGGUUAACUGCUGGAGAGAGACAGGGAAAGAGAUGGAAAGAUCGACAGAGAAAGAGGGUGCGAAAGCUGGAUAGAGCCAGGCUUAGACCAAAGGAAGUAGAACACAUCUUUAGAUGGCAAUGUUACCUAAGACCCCUAGAGGGGGCUCUAGUGUCAUAGAGAAAGUAAAGAGAUGGGAUUUCAAGCCUGUUGGACUGGAGAGCAUUUCAAAAAGUUAGACUGAUGGUAAACAGACAUGCUAAGCAGUCUGUUUCUCUUGAAAUGUUUUAUGAAAGGACAAUUGAAGCGGGGAAUGCUUGAAAAUAAACAAAACGACCAAAUGAUCCUUGUUAUUGUUUUAUUCAACUCAGUCAGUUUAUUUCAAAAAUAAUUUUAUCUAAGCCAGUGCCUAAAAAAGCUGUGGUGUUCCCUACUUAAUAAAAAUCAAGUCUAUUGAGGUCUUCUAUAUGGAGGCCUCAAGGGGACAUUGAGCAAAAAAAAAAAUUUUCGUUUUGCGCGCGCACGUGAAACUAUUGGGUGCGCACGUGCAAAUAUCGCGUUUAGUUGGAGCAAAAAAUAAAUAAAGUUUAGUUUUGCGUGUGCACGUGAAACUAAACCUUUUUUUUUUUUUUGCUCAAUGUCCCUUUGGGGGCUCCACAUAUAAGACCUCAAUAGACUUGAUUUUUAUUAAGUGCGCACGCAAAAGUUGCACGUGCACACACUCGAUAGUUUCACGUGACCAUGCGAAACUCAACUUUAAAAAAAAUUCUGCACAUGAAACUAAACUUUAGAUUUUUUACUCCAAUAUCACCUUAGGGCUUCGGUACCUUAUAUGACUGAAGGAAGGAAAAACACAAUAAUUGGUGCACUACUGUAAAUGAUAUCAUUCCCCAUCUCAUUGGGUUUCAAAAGGACAAUGUUUCGCCCAUUCAGACAUUGUUGUUUCAAGCAUUCUCCUCUAGGGGUCUCUUUCCAAACUAUCCAGACAGAUGGUCAUCCACGCACAAAUUUUCAUUUGCUGUCAUUCAGUAGCGGUCACGUAAUCCGUGACCCCUCAUGUGCUUCAAACUGAAGUGUUUCUUGUUAGGUUCAUAUUAUGUUUAACCGUACUUAUUUUGUGUGUGUGUGUGUUUUAAUUUGAUUCUAAUGCUGUUGUUCUAAUACCAGUAUAUAUUUUUAAUUGGGAGAUUGCGUCACUGGGCCUCUGAGAUGGAGCGUUCUCAAAUUUUCAUCCCGGUUUACUGCUGCAAUGCCUUUACUUAAAGCCCCUGGGUGUUAGAUAUGAAUUUAAACUGAGCUUUGUCUCGCACUGUCUUUGUUCGGAGAGGCUAAUGCUAACCCAAUAAACAACAUGCAUAGGGCAACAAUCAAUUAAGAGUCAGUGGAUCCAACCGUUCUCGUUUGCACCCCCUGGAUCCUUUCUUUAACAGUGGCUUCUGAAUGACCGUAUAUGCACUUUGUGGCCUGCCAGGCUUGCGCAAAACUUUCGUUUUGUUUCUUUUUUCCUUAUGGGACAAAGUUAAUCUUGUAUUGUAAAACAUAGUAUUACUAUGUAAGCAAGGCAGUGUUUUGAUGAACAGUUCCCUUUGGAAGCUAUUGUACAGUUCAGUGUACUAAACUUUUAGUGAAGGAUAUUCUCGUAUGUGUAUAUACUGUACGUAUACAUAUCAAAUAUCCAGUGUUCAUUACUGAAGUCCUCUGAAUAUGCAGUAGUUUGCAGUUACAGAAGUAUUAUUUCAAUGUCUGCAUAUGUUUGAUGGAUUAUUACAGGAUGUUCUGAAACUCAUUUUGUUGAAUGUCGUGUUCUCUUUUUUUUAUAGUUUAUAAAAAUGUUUAUACCAUUUGUUUGCUUUCAUCACUCCUUAUUCUGGCCUGAAAAUUAUGGAAAUAAUGUCACAAAGUAUAUAUAUAUAUUUAAUUUUUCUAAUUUUUCGUUUCUGUGUGUUUGCAUUACUGUCUGUACUUUUGCACCCUAGUAAUAUGAAGGAGCUCAAACUGUCAAUUAUUAAUUACAACAUCAAACUUUACUACACACACAAUACUUUCAGACAAUUCAAUACCAAACCUUGAGCUUAAAAUUAUAUUUUAAAACGAGUGUAACAAAAAAAAUAUACAGCUUCUAGAGUACUGUAGGCAUCUUUAAAUACUAACCGUGAUGCAAUGAUCAUUAGCAUUCAUCUAGUAGCGGGAGUGAAGUGAUUUAAGUUUCAUUCAGUGCAUUUUCUCUGUUUACCUUACUGUCCAUUUCAAUCCUGUUUGUUGUGUGGUUGUUGUCAGUAUCCCAAAUGGCCUGCCCUAUCUACUGCUGUACUAUAAUGGUCAUAAUCUCACAUUGGCUUUUAUUACAGAUCACACAACAUCAUCAGAUAUUUUGGGUUAGUACUGGGCUAUUUGUCAUAGACCAUCGCAUUUUUGGCCAUGUAUGCAAAUUUAAGAAUAGUCCCCAAUUUAACCAAUUAUUUGAAAUGUUGGGCAUAAUUUAAAUUUGUAAUUAAUGCAUAAAUAAAUUAUCAUUAAGAAUAAUUGUUAUGGAUUAGUAAAAAUAACUAAUAAAUAUUUGUGCCAUAUUUAAAGAUGUUGUGUUAGUGAUCUCUCUCACAUGCAUGCAUAAUGAUUUAGGUUGACAUUACACAAAUGCACUUCACAGUCUAAGGGACUACAGAAUAAAAAAAAAUACUGUUAGGUUGUCGGCCAAUAUCUGUGAGAGACCAAAUGGACAGAAGGCUUAAAUAGAGAAUUAAACUUUCAGCAGAGCAUAACUAAUUGACAAAAAUCGUGAACAUCCUAUAUUAAAACUUUCCUCUUCAUUGUUAAUGACAUUCAGCAGGUUUUCAUGUGUGGUGUCUGUAUUACAGUUUAACAUGACCAACACUAAUGAAUUGUACGUUAACACCUGAUUCAUUUCAAUUCUUUGCCUUUUUUAAGUCUAGUUGUUUUUAUGGUAAACGUGGCCUAUUCUUUGCUGGUUGUGAUACUUCCAUUUUGUACAAAGUGUCAAUAAAAAUAAAUGCAAAACUCA